AGGCUUCCACCGGCCUGUGGGCAGAGGGCAGCCACUUGUCCGGAUGUCCAGGAACCAGGGUUCUCUUCUGAGUAGGCAAUCUUUCAGCGCUCCUCUGGCAUCUCCACAACCAUCGGUAAAACAUAUGCGUCCUCUCUCUCCCCAGCCAUCUAUGCACAGGUUUCAGAGUAGACCUCAAUCUCCUAUGUUACAACACCAUAGGUCACCUCUGCCCUCCCGUGCACCCUCACCCAUGCACCCAGCCUAUCACCCUGCCUCGCCUGUUCCCCAGAGGGCUAUGAGUCCUUACAGUCCAGGGCCUUCAUCUUUACAACCCUCAGUGGUUAAUCCUUACGCCCCCUAUGGAAAUCUACUUCCUUCACAGCCUAUAAACCAUUAUGGAUACACUAUGAGUGACCCAGGUCCAUCACCGAUGUUGACAAAUGCCUUACAUCAUCCUCCAGCUUACCCUGGUACUUUUACAAACGUUCAAUCACACAAUGCCUCUGCUUACCCUUCUCAUUAUGCCCCUGUCAUACCAAAGCCCUUGUCUUCUAUUCAAGGAUACGAAGGCUAUCCUCACAGUCACCCGACCACUCCUGGUCAACUAUCACCCCACCUAGGGAGGUCACUGCAGAACCCAUACCUGCAGAAUGCCAGCUACACCUCACCUUUACAAAGAAGUCAUUCUCCUCUUCCUGAUGGGCAGGUUUUAAUGCCAAUGGAUGAACAAGUGAUGCUGCAGACAGGGCUCAGGUCUCCAUUGGGUCUGUCCGGCGCUCUAAUGCAGAAUCCUGGCCUGCGCAGUGCCUCCUACUCUUCUCCUCUCCAGCGAAACGCAAGCCUUUACACGCCUGUCCUCUCGCCUGCUCAGGACGCACCUCUUACUGGCUCUUUUGCCCCCUCUUCUCCACACCUGUCUGCCUCAAUGCUUUCCUCACAACUACGAAACGCAUCCUACACCUCACCGCUUCAGCACCACCUCUCCCCAUUAUCUCCUGCCUCUCCCAGUGCUGUUCAUCCUCAGGCUACCCUGCAACAUCAGGGGAUAGGCUCUCCGCUUCUCUCCGCUCAACUGAGGGCCUCUCAAAUACAUGGGUCAAUGGUGAGACUUCCGGACAAUUCUUUUAUUAUGCCCCAGGGUUCCACUGAGCCACCAGUAACAGCAGGGGGGAGGCUGUCUCCCGCCAUGCUAUCCAAUGCCCUACAGAAUCCCAGUUUACGGCAGGCCACCUACCAACUUCCCGAUGGCUCGUUUGUAACCAGAACUGAGCCAGCAGAGCAGCCAUCAACCAUCUCUCCUUCCAUGCUGUCUUCUGCUAUGCUUAACCCUAAUGUCCGAAAGGCCACCUAUCGCUUACCUGAUGGUUCUUUUAUUACCCAACCAGGACAGGAGGAGGUGGAAAUUAUUGAGAGCUCUGAGGGGAUUUUUUCUUCACCAGGGCUCUCUGGUGCUCUUUCGAAUGCUAGCAUGCGCAAAGCAAAUUUCCGGCUCCCAGAUGGCUCGCUUUUGAGAAACCAAGCUGUCCAAAAUGUCCCAGAACCACGGUCAUUUGGCCUCUCCGCCGCUCUCCAGAACAAAAAUGUGCGAUCGGCCACCUAUCGGUUACCAGACGGUACCCUUAUGGCCAGUCCUCAGCCGACUCCACAAUCUCGCAGCUUUGACCUCUCCGGUGCCUUGUCCUCAAAUGCAAACCUUCGUGGAGCCACAUAUCGUCUACCAGACGGGACACUAACAACUCGGCCUGCAGCAGAGCCUGCUGCCCAACCUCGAUCUCUGGACCUCUCCGGUGCCUUGUCUACAAAUCCGGGCCUUCGUGGAGCCACAUAUCGUCUACCAGACGGGACACUAACAACUCGGCCUGCAGUAGAACCUGCUCCCCAAUCUCGAAGGCUGGACCUCUCCGGUGCCUUGUCUACAAAUCCGGGCCUUCGUGGAGCCACAUAUCGUCUACCAGACGGGACACUUACAACUCGGCCUGCAGUAGAACCUGCUCCCCAAUCUCGAAGGCUGGACCUCUCCGGUGCCUUGUCUACAAAUCCGGGCCUUCGUGGAGCCACAUAUCGUCUACCAGACGGGACACUUACAACUCGGCCUGCAGUAGAACCUGCUCCCCAAUCUCGAAGGCUGGACCUCUCCGGUGCCUUGUCUACAAAUCCAAGCCUUCGUGGAGCAACAUAUCGUCUACCAGAUGGGACACUUACAACUCGGCCUGCAGCAGAACCUGCUGCCCAACCUCGAUCUCUGGACCUCUCCGGUGCCUUGUCUACAAAUCCGGGCCUUCGUGGAGCAACAUAUCGUCUACCCGACGGGACACUAACAACUCGGCCUGCUGCAGUAAGUCCCCCAUCUCGAAGGCUGGACCUCUCCGGUGCCUUGUCUACAAAUCCGGGCCUUCGUGGAGCAACAUAUCGUCUACCAGAUGGGACACUUACAACUCGGCCUGCAGCAGAACCUGCUCCCCAAUCUCGAAGGCUGGACCUCUCCGGUGCCUUGUCUACAAAUCCAAGCCUUCGUGGAGCAACAUAUCGUCUACCCGACGGCACACUUACAACUCGGCCUGGUGCUGCAAGUCCCACCCCAUCUCGAACGUUGGACCUCUCCGGUGCGUUGUCGAAAAACCCCAACAUGCGUGGAGCCACAUAUCGCCUUCCAGACGGCACUCUGUCAAACCGGCCUGGCGCCCCUAGCCCUCGAUCUAUGGACCUAUCCAGUGCCUUGUCCACAAACCCAAACCUUCGUGGAUCCUCUUUCCGCCUUCCAUCCUAUGCUGUAGUUAUGCCUCAGGCCCAUGGGCACGGGCCAGAUGGACACUGGGCACAGGGGACAGAUGGAGUAGACUUUGGGGAAGAUGUUGACAUGUGGGGGGCAGAGCGAGUCCUGCCUCACGGGACAGUGCAGAACCUCAAUAAGUGGUCCAUGUAUCGGGAUGAGGAGCUACUGAACCCCAUGGGUGUGAUGGGACAAGUUGGCCAGUUUGAGGGACAUGACCCAGGGGACUGGCUGCCUAGCAGAGAAGGGGAGCCAAAGGGGCAGUGGUACGAUAAGGUAAACUGUUCUGAUGGUAAAGCGCUUUAGCAUGGAGCUUUAAUAUAGAUUACCUGGAUUAGAAACUGGCAAACAGAGAUAGUGUUUAUUGUUUCCUUCAUGUAUUUGUGUGCAUAUGUGUGUGUAUGUAUGUGCAUGUGCAUGUGUGUGUGUGUCAACAUGUGUAUGUGCUUUCACACAACGUCUUACAGAUGUACUCCAUACGAAGCCUCCCCACCAUAGGCUACAGGGAGCAGAAAGAGGAGGACGGGGUAGAGGACAUGACACAGCUGGAGUGAGUCACACACACACACACACACACACACACACACACACACACACACACACACACACACACACACACACACACACACACACACACACACACACACACACGCGCGCGCACACGCACACGCACACGCGCACACACACACAAAUGCAUAGAAACACA